UUUUUUUUUGGGGGGCUUUCAUAUGAAUUCGUACUUACAAAUAUAGAUGUAUGCAAAGUAUAUUCAAAUGUUCAGCAAAUUUGAUUUGAUCUGCUCAUUAGAAAUUGAACUAUAUUACUGAGUACCAAGCUGAGAAAACAUUGAAUAGGAUGUGGAACCAGCAUGUAGUAUUGUAAUUAGUACCACAUCAAUUUGAUCAGUAUAACGGCUAAACUCUCUCUUAUAAAGAUACUAUAACUUGACGAAUUAUAGUUUCUCUUUAUCUGAUUCAAAAGUAAUACGUAACCUUGGUUUUCUGUCACACGAAUAAAAAAAAUCAGAUAAUUUUUUUUUAUCAAAUCAGAUCUACCAUCUUUAGGGAAACAUCUGAAUAUUCUCUCACUCUUUUUUUUUUUUUAUAUAACUUUUCCUUAAAGCUAUAUAAAUCUUUUGACUUUUAUCUUUCAUUUUGUUUAAUUAUAGUAUAUAAUAAAGACUUAAAAGCUAAAUUUAGGUAUGAAGUUCAAAUUACCCUCCAUCUUUCGGACAGCAGUAAUUGAGGAAAAAGAAGAAAAAAAAGUAGACAACAACUCUACUAUUACUGAAGAAAAGAUUAGAAAUUAUAGCAACGAUAAAAAUGUACCUGAGGCUGUAGAAACUCAAUAUGGUGUUCGAAAUGCUGAAGCAUCUAAUCAGGUCUGGACUAAAGAACAAUUGAUCCUUGUCUACAUUCUGAUAUGGAUUCUUCAAUUUAUUCUAGCACUUGCCUCUGGUGUCAAUCGAUCGCUGACACCCUACGUUACAAGUUCAUUUAAAGAACACUCUUUGACGACUACAACCACUGUUAUCUCAAGUAUAGUAUCCGGUGUAAUUGUACUACCUUUUGCAAAGCUUCUAAAUGUCUGGGGUCGACCUCAGGGCUUUGGAAUUAUGGUUUGUUCGAUUACGAUUGGACUUAUUAUGAUGGCAGUAUGCGAUAGUGUCAAGACAUUUUGUGCAGCACAAGUAUUUUAUGUAGUCGGAUAUAAUUCAAUUACAUUUUCAUUAACAAUUUUCAUUGCCGAUACUACCUCUCUAAGAAAUCGAGCCUUUAUGAUCGCAUUUACGUCCUCACCCUGGAUUGCCACGAUCUGGGCCGCUGGACCGGCUGCAGAGAGCAUCUUGAAGACGAUUGGUUUCCGAUGGGGUUUCGGUAUCUGGGCCAUCGUCGUCCCCAUCGUGUCAUUACCGGUAUUUGGAUUAUUUUACUAUAAUCUUGUAAAGGCUCGUAAAGCAGGACUUAUUCCUAAAGUUGAGCAGGAUCCUAAAAGAGGAUGGAAGGAGUCUAUUGUUUAUCAUGCCAAGGAAUUUGAUAUGGUUGGACUCCUGUUGAUCUGUAGUGGACUCACGUUAUUCUUAUUGUCAUUCAAUUUGUAUAGUCAUCAACCUGAUGAAUGGAGAUCACCCUUGAUUAUCUGCUUCCUUAUCUUUGGUAGUCUACUGAUUAUUUCCUUUGGUGCCUGGGAAAAAUGGGGGGCAUCGAUCACAUUUAUUCCAUGGGAGUUAAUGAUGGAUAGAACCGUUUUCUUUACUUUUACUAUGGCAGCUAGUCUCUAUCUCUCUUGGUAUCUAUGGAAUGGAUUUUUUUACUCUUACUUGAUUGUUGUCCAUAACCUAAGUGUUGCGCAUACGACUUAUAUUACUAAUAUCUAUACAGUUGGGUCUACAACAUGGGCGAUUGUAAUGGGUAUCAUUAUUCGAUACAAUGGAAGAUUAAAAUGGCUCGCCCUUUAUUUUGGUGUCCCCGUCACUAUAUUAGGUGUAGGGCUCAUGAUCCAGUUCCGACAGCCUGAUGUUCAUGUUGGAUUUAUUGUCAUGUGUCAAAUCUUCAUUUCUUUGGGUGGGGGUACAUUGGUUAUCUGUGAGCAAAUGACUGUCAUGGCCGUUGCAUCACAUCAAUAUGUGUCCGCUGUUCUCUCUAUGGAAUAUAUGAUUAUCAACAUUGCAAGUGCUAUUGGUUCAACCAUUGCAAGCGCCAUGUGGAUGGGUAUUUUCCCUAAAAAGCUUGCCUAUUAUCUACCGGAAGAUAGUCUAGAUAAUCUAGAAUCCAUCUAUGGUUCUAUUGAAGUUCAAUCCUCUUAUGUCUAUGGAAGUCCUGAAAGAAACGCCAUCAGUGAAUCCUAUAGUGAUACACAGAGACUUAUGUUGAUUACAUCUACUUGCAUGUAUAUAAUUACUUUAAUUUCUGUCCUAUUCUGGAAGGAUAUUGAUGUUAAAAAAUUGAAAAAGAUUGAGGAUUUAAUAUUCUAAAAGGAGAAGAAGAAAAAAGAGUUACAUUAUUAUUAUUAUUAUUUACUUUCUAUUUAAUUUGCCUUUUUUUUAAAAAAAAA